AUGAAGGUAGUUGGAGGUUUUUUUGAUUUUCUGUGUACUUUUCAGGGUUACAAAAUGGAGAUGGACAAUCCGAUGAUGAUAUCUCUUAUGCCUGCUUUAUUGGAGAACCAGAAGGAGAUAUUAUUUGGGAAUAUGUCAGAGAUCUAUGAUUUUCACAGCAGGAUUUUUCUUAAUGACCUCCAGAACUGCAUCGAGAUGCCAGAGAAAGUAGGAGUCUGCUUCCUUCAGAGGAGGGACAAUUUCCAAAUGUAUGUGAAAUACUGUCAGAACAAGCCACGCUCAGAACAUCUUUGGAGACAGUGCUCAGACUGCCCUUUCUUUCAGGAAUGUCAACGUAAACUGGAUCAUAAACUUGGACUGGACUCAUACUUACUGAAACCCAUUCAACGGUUAACAAAGUACCAGCUGUUACUGAAGGAAUUAUUGAAGUUCAGCAGUAAUGGCGAUGGAACCCAGGAGUUACAGGAAGCUCUCACAGCCAUGUUGAACUUACUGAAGUCAGUGAAUGACUCCAUGCACCAAAUUGCUAUCACAGGAUAUAACGGUGACCUGGAAGAAUUUGGUCCACUUUUGAUGCAGGGCUCUUUCAACAUCUGGAUCAACCACAAGAAAGGUCCCACCAAGAUGAAGGACCUUGCUCGCUUCAAACCCAUGCAGCGCCAUCUCUUCCUUCACGAGACUGCCCUUCUAUUCUGUAAGAAGCGGGAGGAGCAUGGAGAAGGUUAUGACAAAGCACCUUCUUACAGUUUCAAACAUUUCUUAAAAAUGAGUGCUGUUGGGAUCACGGAGAAUGUUAAAGGAGAUCGGCGGAAGUUUGAAGUCUGGAAUAGCGGCCGCGAAGAAGUGUAUCUCAUUCAAGCUCCAUCGGUGGAAGUUAAGAUGGCCUGGUUGUGUGAGAUGAGGAAAGUGCUAACAAAUCAACAGAGGCUUCUCCGAGGUAUUUUGCUGCUUUGUGCUGAUGUUAGUUCUAGAAAAUUCUUUCACAAUGAUGUUGAAAAAUGA